AUGCGUUUCGCGCGCGCAUUAAAAAUACCUCGAACUUUUGGGUUGCACUUCGCACAAGCACACAUAUCUAUCUAUCUAUCUAUCUAUCUAUCUAUCUAUCUAUCUAUCUAUCUAUCUAUCGGAUUGGUUCGUGGUCAGCAUCAUUUGAAUUCAUUCUUGGUUUUCUCAGCCUUUCUCUCUCUUAACAUCAUUCAGACCAUUCCGAGUACUCCAGUGACCAUCGCGUACCGUCAUGAUUUUUAUCUUCUCUUUCCAUCACUCACUCUCUCUCUCUUACUCUCUCUCACUCUCUCACAAAGAUACGCACUCUAUAUAUUGCAAACACAGUUUCUCAGUGCUGAUUGGAUUUAUAUAUCACACAAAUCAACCCACUCAGAGAUAUACUCUCUCACUCCCUCGCUGAACUCAUACUAUUGCUCCUCUCUCACAUAUAUACUCUCUCUCUCUUUCUCUCUGAGCACUCUGUUUCUUUCUCCCUUUUGUCUUUUUGUUCCUCUUUCUUUCUCUUCCUUUCUUUUUCUUACCUUUUUGCCCUCUUAA